AGGCACGCUACAGCUCAAUGCCCAUAUAACUGGCACACGAAUAUGAAUUUGCAAUGCAUUAUGGGCCAAAAAUUGAAUAGCUCAUAACCAAAAUUAGGUCACUGUAUGAAAUAGUAAUGAAAACACGUGGGCGGAAGUCAGCGACGUCAUCAAAACAGUGAGACAGGCGGAGGAGAAGCAGCCCAUCAGUGGAUGUGACACGCUUACAAAUCCAGAGAAAACAACCCAGCGAGCAGCAGGAAUGAUGAUCCGGCUCCAGCUGCUCGGAUAGUGCACUCGAUUCAACUGGACGGAGGAAGUUGUGUGUGUUAUUUUUUUUCUCUGCCUUCCCGAGUCCUCCGCGGCAGCAGCGUCAUGGUGAAGCAGUCGGACCGAGCCCCGCUGCUGGACUGGGAGGAGAUCCCGGCGCCCGGUUCGAACCAGUCGGCCCAGCAGCAGCUGCCGCUUCCGCCGUCGUCGUCGGGAGCGGCGGACGAGAAGAAAAGUUCGCAGCCAGCCGGGCGGCACAAACCGAAGAGGACCGCGGCCACCACCGUCACACGCAGCCCGACGAGGAGUGUAACAGCUGGGGACGGAAGCCCGGGCCGCCCGCGGACAGAGCCCCUCCGUACACACGUGCCCUUUCCCGGCCUCUCGGCGAGGGAUCAGUGGGAGGAAAAGGACCAGAUCGUGUCCGUGUUUGUGGUUACCUUUGAUACGAGAUCAGGGAACAUGGUAGAGUGGUGCCUGCCUCACGACAUCAACCUAGAUGGAGUUGAAUUCAAGUCAAUCGCCAGCGGUUCCCAUCGGAUCUCCGAUGACUUCAUAUAUUUCCGUAAAGGCUGCUACUUUGGGCUGGCCUGUUUUGCCAACAUACCCGUGGAGAGUGAGCUGGAGCGAGGAGCGAGGAUGAAGUCGGUGGGGAUUCUGUCUCCCUCCUACACUCUGCUUUACCGCUACAUGCACUUUCUGGAGAACCAAGUCAGACACCAGUUGAAGUGUCCGGGCCAGUAUUCUCCGCUGGAGGCCUUCUAUGAGGAUAAGAAGGCCGUCCUUCCCCCGACAGGAAAUGGUGUGGUCACCGCUUGCCCGACCUGGAGUGUUACCUCCAUCAACCGCUGUAUGCACCCAGAAAUGAAGAUCACCCACCCAGCUGGCUGCAUGUCCCAGUUCAUCCAGUUUUUCGGGGAGCAGAUCAUGGUGCUGUGGAAGUUUGCGCUGCUGAGGAAACGAGUCCUCAUCUUCUCCCCUCCCCCCAUAGGUGUGGUCUGCUACAGGGUGUAUUGCUGUUGCUGCCUGGCAAAUGUCUCUCUACCUGGAAUUGGUGUCUCCGUGCCUGAACUCCGUCCGUUCUUCUACGUCAACAUAGCCGACAUCACCACCCUGGAAACGGAGCUGUCAUACGUGGCCUGCACCACAGAGAAGAUUUUUGAGGAGAAGAAGGAGCUGUACGACGUCUAUGUUGAUAACCAGAAUGUGAAAACGCACAGAGGUCAUUUGCAGCCGUUGCUUCGACUGAAUGCGGCCGAUAAGGAGAAGUACAGGAAACUGAGUGAACAGAGGCAGAUGUUGCUUUACUCUCAGGAGGUAGACGGAGACUGCACGACAAAUGAAGAGGAUCUUUUCAUUCUGUUCUUCAUGGAGCUUAACAACCGCAUCUUUCAGACCCUGUCUGACUUAGCAGGGAGCACCGAUCCCACCCUCACCGCUGAGCACGUGCGAGCCAUGGGGCUGGAUCCCCAGGGCGAUCGAUCCUUCCUGAUGGACCUGCUGGAGGUGUACGGGAUUGACGUCAUGCUCGUCGUAGACAACCCCUGCUGCCCCUGAGCCCACGUCGGCCUGGGAAACUCGGAACGCCACUGGAUAUUUGUGCCUUCGAGGCCCACUCGCACCAAGAUAACGUAGACACGGCCUCCACCCGGGGACUCCCAUCUGUCGCCCGCUGUCCCCUCCUGGGUGUCUGUUUUCUCUCUUUGUGUGUCUCAUCGGACCUGUGGAGACUGUUUCCAAACAGUGUUGGAGAAUGAGGACAGUUCACGUUGGCGCACUGCUCCACGGGGCUGAUAAACACUUUCCCCGUAGACGAGUCCACUUGGCAGCUGCAUGGUCUUAGAGCCAUUCACAUCUUACGUUGCUCAGUGCUGUUUUUUUUUUUUUCUUUCUUUGUCAUAAAUACUAGUUUGCUUGUGUGCUUUUUGUCUAACUUUGUUUCCCAGCUGAAGUCCCAGGGCUGGAGCUCUUGAUUGGGCCUGGUCAUUGCUGCAGGAUGAUUGGUUGUUCUUCUCGGCACCCAUCACACUGAAGAAGUCAUUGAAACAUUCACAAUCCUGCAGCUUUUGGAAAAGAUUAACAUUAUGUAGGCGUGGUUUUACUGCUGUAAAUGAAUUUGUGUGCUACAAAUAGAUUUUUAUAGAAGAAGAUUCUAGGCGUAUCACAGACUUUGAUGAUAUUAUUUAGAGAAUCGAAUGCUUUCUGACUACUUUAUUUACCUUUCAAAAAGGUAGCAAUAGAAGUUGUGUUAGUUGAAACCAGCCCUCUUCAUAUAAAUGUGUUUUUUCUAUUUUUUACUAUUUCUUUCACAACUGAAAGUGAGCAGGGAGGAUGUUUGCAUAGGAGUGUGAUAUCCGCUCUUUAAUAACUUGGGACGGUUAAUUGUUAUGAAGCUGAGACUGAGCAGAGGAAAGCUGUUAAAUACUUUGGUCACAUGGUAUGCACCUUCAACACAAGGUAGAUCUGGUGAUGUGGCGUUCUGGAAACUUCCUGUUUGUGUAACGUGUCUAACCCUAAAGUGAGGUUCUUGUCAAUGAACGUGACUCAUCAUGACUGCUGCACCUCUGGCAUAUUCCCUGAUGCACACAUUGAUCAUGUUCGACUGUAUCUUUUUACGCUAUGUUUAUGACCAACGGUCUGAGCCAGCAGAUGGUUAUGUAGUGAAGGUGCGUUGUGUGUCUACGGGCUGUCAUUGUUCUUUUAGUUUUUUUUCCCCCUCUAACCAGAGGCCAAUAUAUGUUGUGAUUGUGUUGAGCGAAGAGUCCUUGAUGGAGCCGUUAGUGGUUUUCCUGUUGAUCAGCUUCAAAGAGAUCCUCUUUGCGUCUCCUCUGUGUCCCGGACAAAGAUCUCUUUGUGUUUUUGGAGAUCUGGUGUUGGUCACAGUGAAGGAUGGGCAGAAGCUUUAAGAGCCCCCUCUCCCCCGCCCCCCCAAUCUGUUUUUUUCCUGUCUUUUCUUCACAGUCCCAUUGAGUGAAUCCAGCUCCUGGUGGGCCAACUGUGUCUUUUGAAUUAUCCUAGCAGACUGGUUUCAUUUAGUCCAUCACGUUGCCAAUCAUCAGAGUCAUGAUUUGUUCCAUGUUGGAACACACAAGGCUGAUGUCUCGUGUACAUUUUGAGUAGUGGUUCUCAGCUUUCUCUCAAUCUACCCCCUUAAACGAGCUAAAACUCCAAGUCAUAUAUAUUUUUUUAAAACAUGUCAUGAAGCUCCAAAUAUACGUUUAAAUUCUUUAUCACAUUCCAAAAAAAAAGAUCUAUCUGGAGUGCAUCCUUAUGUUGGUUACAUUUUUAAAAAAGUGCACCAAGUAUUGUAUUUGAAAGAGCUUUGUUGUUUAAAUGGGGCCUUAAGGAAAUGUAACUCUCUCAAACGGGACCGACUCCUUAUGUACGUACAUGACCAGUAUUUGACCUUACUUUGUCCAUAAACCUGUUGACUCUGGUCUAUUUACUCGUCAGCAGGCUUAAUACUCUUUGCCUCUGACGGUGUUUGCUUUCAGGUGUUUGUCUAAUGUAAAGCGGAAUGUACACAACACAUACCACUGUAUAAAAUGCCUUCUUUCGUGGAGUCGUUUGUACAGCGUGUCACUCUACUGAAUGUCAAAGACAGCAGAAGUAUUGCACACAUGCAGCAGCACAUCCAAGUAGUGUUAACUGUUUCCUCCUUGAUUGGGAUGUAAAUCAAGAGUAUUCAUGGAAUAACAAAAUAAGUCUUUACUAAUGUGAAACACUGUAAGAUGUCAGUAAUGUACACAUGAAUAGCAUGAGCAACUGUUCAUUUCACUGUACUGCCAUUGUAAAAACAAUAAAACAUUGAUAUAGUUCA